CUGAUAUCAAGUGGUCCGCCACCUCAGCCUCCCAAGUGCUGGGAUUACAAGCGUUAGCCACCGCGCCCGGCCAAAACAAAAUUUUAAAGAGGCUGGAACACUGCACUUGUGCCUUCAGCUUACUGACCGCAACACCCCGGUUCCACUGAAACUUUAUUUAUAAAAUUAUGCUGCCGGUCUGCAGGAUGCAGUUUGACAAUUUGAUUGUUUUGGAUAUGAAAAUAUUUUUUAAAUCUUGGAAAUAUUAUCAUUACAGAAGUUUUCGGACUUUCUUAAAUUCUGCACUAGAGGUAAGUGCUGCACCGCUAAACCUAGUCUGAGUUUUUAUGUGUGAAGAGCAUAAAACGUAAGUUUUCUAAAAUACAAAAGCACUCAAUAAACGUUAGCUUAUCAUGGUCACCUUUUGUUCACACUGUCUGCAAAACUCCGGCUGUGAUCCUUUACCCUUGUGGGGUCCUGUCUCUUUAAAUCUGUGCCACAUUGUAUCCCGUGAGGUCUUGCGUUUUUCCGCCCCGCUGUAUCCCAUAGUGCCCUGUGCCUUCCGGCUACGACCGCUCACAGCCCCGCCUCUUCCGCUGCAUGCCGGAACAUGGCGCAAGGACAGCGCAAAUUCCAGGCGCACAAGCCAGCAAAGAGCAAGACGGCAGCGGCGGCGGCGUCUGAGAAGAAUCGGGGCCCGAGGAAAGGCGGUCGUGUUAUCGCUCCCAAGAAGGCGCGCGUCGUACAGCAGCAGAAGCUCAAGAAGAACCUAGAAGUUGGGAUCCGGAAGAAGAUCGAACAUGAUGUGAUGAUGAAAGCCAGCAGCAGCCUGCCCAAGAAGCUGGCACUGCUGAAGGCCCCGGCCAAGAAGAGCAGGGCAGCUGCCACCACCUCCUCCAACAAGGCACCUUCCUGAGGACGCUGGCCCAGCGCAGGCCAACACCCUACCCCACACCUCCACGAUGGGACAUUGCAGUGAUCCCACAAGCUGCAGUCUCAGGAAGAGGACCCUGUCCCCCAGCUCUGGGCCUCACCUAGAACUUCAGUGGGGGCCUGGCCCAUGGGCAGGUGAUCAGCAGAUCUUAGCAUACUGAGAACUGUCCCAUGCCCCUACCCAGGUCCUGCCUCCACAGGUUUAACCCAGAGUAAUAAACCUGGCUUUGUC